AUGGUUUCCGCCCAGUCUGAAUGGAGUUUUGUUUUUGCUGGUAUAGGCCGUACAGGGACGUACAUUGCCCUGGACAUUCUGAUACACGAGGGCGAGGAUGAGGAAGCCGUGGAGAUAUACGGAUGUGUGCUGAACAUGAGGAGGAACAGGGUCAGCAUGAUCCAAACAGCGGAGCAAUACGAGUUCCUACACAGAGCCCUGGUCCAUGCCUUGAUCUUUGACUGCGCGCCCGUGGCCGCUGACCAGUUACAGAACUAUGUCUCAAAGACAGGACAACAACAACGAGAGAAGCAGUUAAAGAGUUUCAAGACGAAGCGUCACUACAUCGCAGCCCAGUCGCCUCUACCUGGCACCGUUGUAUUCUUCCUGAGUCUUGCCUACAAGGAAGACUGUCCAUGUAUCGUCAGCUUUCAACAUACUCAUGAAAGCAAAGAUGUGGGUAUGUUCUACCAAGCGGAUAACCAGGUCCUGUCUUAA